AUGGUUUUAGAGAUUCCAGUCAUUGAGUGGAGGAAAUUAAGACAACUACAGCACGAGGCGUGGUUAGAGAGAGAUCGAAUUAAUCACGAAUUGUUUAUUAAACAAAAAGAAAAAGAAGACCAGAAAUUAAAGGAGAGAGAAGAACGAGAGGACAAAAUCAAUUGUCCCUUCUUCAUCAAGACGGGUGCAUGUCGUUAUGGCGACGGGUGUUCUCGUACACAUCCUAUCCCUGAUUCUAGUACUACUCUUAUUAUACGAGGGAUGUAUAGUCAUGUUGUACUCACACAGUUACAAUUAGAUGAACAUGACCAAGAUGUAGCAUUAGAGGUGAGAGCAAUCUCUGACAUGAUAUGCUACAAGAUUUUUAAAGAGUUCUAUGAAGAUGUCUUCCCUGAAUUCAAAAAACACGGAGAGAUUGUCCAAUUCAAAGUUUCUUGUAAUUACGAGCCUCAUCUCCGUGGCAACGUAUAUGUCCAAUAUUCCACUGAAGAGGAGUGUGCAAGAGCCUUACAGCAGUUCAAUGGCCGUUACUAUGCUGGAAAACAAUUGACUUGUCACUUCUGUCCAGUUGAAAAGUGGAAGACAGCCAUUUGUGGUCUUAAUGAUCUACGAAGAUGUCCAAAGGGGAAACAUUGUAACUUUCUUCAUGUUUUUCGUAAUCCUGAUGGAAGCUUUAAUUGGCCUGAGAAAGAUUAUGAAGAGGAAUCAAAAAAGAAAGAGAGGUCCAGAAGUCCUCAAGAGAGAGGAAGGUACCGUCGUCCAAUGAGAUAUUCAAGGAGUAGGUCUCGUUCUGUUGAAAGACGACGCAGAAACAGAAGAUCUCAUUCUGGUUCGGUUCUCCAGAGAGAAGACGAAAGAGGUUACCGUUACCGUUCUCCCCGUCCUAGAAAGAGAAGUCGAUCACCUGAACGGAGACGAAUGAGGAGGUCACGUUCUCCUGAACGACGUGGUCAUCACCAUCGUAGGAGAGAAUCUAGAAGUGAUAGCAGUGAUAGCUCCUCUGAGGAUGAUUCUGACCGCCGAAGUCUGUCCAAUGGACAUCUCUCUGAUGAUGAUGACAGCCAUGAUGAUAAACGAAGUCGUAAGAGAAAGGGAUCUAAGGAGACUUUCCGAUGCAGGAACUCAUCGCCACAAACAUAG